AUGACUUUGAAACUUAAUAAAAUUGCCAAAGAAGCGAAAAGAUUUAAAGAAGAAGCUUUAAAAAAAGGCGUAUCAGAAGGAGAUGAAAAAUCGAAAAUUAGUCGAGAAAUUCAAGAGAUAUUAAAUAAAAAAUCUUAUCAAGAUAAUGCUUUUGAGUAUGUCUAUUCUCAUUUAGAUAAAAUUAUUCCCUUAAAUCUUUACACCCGAUCAAUUGCUAAUCAUCCUCAAUUUCCAAAAGAUACACAAAUAGUUUCUUUACUACUUUUUGUUCAUAGUAAUGACAAAGGACUUCUUGGACAGGUUCAAACAAGUGAAGGAAAAACUCUUAUUGUCGGAUUAACUGCUGCAUUUCUUGCCUUAUGUGGAAAUGCUGUUGAUAUUGGUUCUAGUAAUCGAGAUUUAGCUAUAGAAGGAGAACAGAAAUGUCGAUCAUUUUUUCAAUGA